GGAAAUUGGACGGUUGUUGUGUUGUAUGCUGAGAAUGCUGAGAGCCAACCGGGAAAAAAAAGAUAAACCCAGACGCCAACAAGAGCAGGUUUAACCGAGAGCUGCUUCGCCUAAACUUCCCCUUUUGGCCUCGCAACAAACAGCCUCACAAAAACUUCCAAACAACCGAGAAAAACUUCAACUUCGGCUGCUUCAACAUCUUCAUCCACGGCGGAACCCUGUGGGUUGUCGCUCCUUUCCUCGCUUCCAUCGAAAUAUACUGCUCUCACCCAGGGGAUGAAGCGCAAUUGAACCAUAAUGGAUGCUUGAUUUUUGUCUAAUCUUCCUUUUUCCCAGACCUAUUUUAAUGUUUUCCCUUGCUUUAUACAACCCCUCCUAGCUAAUAGAAUUGAAUUGCAAGUCCUUAAUGCUUUGAUUUUCAGUAUUUGUUAUUUCUUUUUUAAAAGUUUUCUAGUUUUGCGCACUGGCUAGCUAUAUAUGCGCUCUUCCCGCCCAGUUACUACAACUUUCUAGCUGAUAGCCUGCUGCCGUUCGAUUGUUGCACUAUGGAUCCUCACGGUGAUUUGGCCCCGGCUUUUUGCAUUGGACAACAUGAAACCCGACGGACUGUGCCGGUAUCGCCUCAGCUAGUCCAGUUGGCGCAAGAGGGUAAUUACGAUCUGCUCACAACCCCUAUCACAACUCCGGUUUUCCAUUCCCGUAUCCUCACAUUGCUCUCUACCCAUCUAUCCGACUCCCGUCCACCGGUUUGCGAUGCUACUUUAACUUUGGGAACGUCGCAUAAUACUAGCCCUGUGACGAUACCACCACUUUUGCCCGAAGAUACCUUCUUGACCCCGAAUGAGUCCACAAGUCAGUUGGUUGGUGUCACUAGUUCUUGGAUAGAUCUCUGCUCGCCAGAUCCGUUGAUAGCGGAUAUAUCCCGCCAAAUAUUGAGCCUGGAGAUUUCCUAUGCAGCGUUUUGUGGCGUCAGUUUCGUUAUUAUCCCCGGCCCAAGAUUACACCAUGGAAACGUGCAUGGGGAAGGCCUGAUGUACUAUGCUCGCGCCGUUCAGGAUGUUUUGAACGUUGGGCUCUACAUACAAGUGCACAUCUGGUUUAGUAUGGUAGAUAAUCCAGACCUGGAAACAAACGAUGUUGGUGACCUCGCCCCCUUUGCUAGGGCGGAAUAUCUCAGCGCAAGAGACGAUCUGGCUCCUAAGUUGGAUUUAUUCGGUACAUGGGAAGCUUGGGACGUCAUCAGGAAAUUGUGUAGAUAUCAUUCGAGACUUUUUGUAGCGUUAUCAAUCCCAAAGCAUCUUCCUCCCAUGUCUGUACAGUCACGAUGGCAUUCUGAACAGGUCCACAUCCUCACAAUCGCAGGGUCGUCAUUCAUCAAGAACCAGAAAGGCUACCCAGUCUUGUCCAAAGCCCACCAGGCCAUGAUUUCUCGGAUGAUGCGACUCCGUACUCCGCCAUGGAUUAUCUUGUGCGACGUUGGCCCAAUUGCUGGUCUUGAGGUUGGCCAAGCAGGUUCAGAGACAGAGUCCACCCGGACAAUCAGUUCUAAAGUUGAGUCGGAUAAAGACGCUCCUACUCCCGCGGAGGCGCACCAACACUUCAAAUCAGGCUCAAACAAGAAGAAUUUUGACCCAACCCCUCACCUGUCCUAUAUGAGGAAUCUCCAACAGAAACAGCCUGCUCGGACUCCUAUGGAGCGAUUUGGAAUUGGGUAUCAAGAUUAUUUACAGGCUCCUCUCCAACCCCUUACCGUUAACUUGGAAAGCAUAACUUAUGAGGUGUUCGAGAAAGAUCCCAUUAAAUAUGAAUGGUAUGAGCGUGCAAUUGCCAAGGCGUUGAAGGAUUGGGCGGAACAGGGGAAACCAACUUGCCACCCAGAGGGACAUGUGGUCGUUGCUGUAGUUGGCGCUGGUCGAGGUCCUCUGGUAACCCGAGCUAUUCGCGCGAGCGUUGAAACAGGCGUUGCCAUUGAAAUUUGGGUUGUGGAGAAAAAUCCUAACGCCUUUGUUUUAUUACAAAGACACAACGAGAGCUUGUGGGGUGGCUGUGUGAACUUGGUGAAAUCAGAUAUGCGCAGUUGGAAGGGGCCGCACCGUUUAGCACCCGUGUCUGGAGAUUCCAACGAGCCACCCAAAAUUAUCCACACACCAAUAGAUAUAUUAGUUUCAGAGCUACUUGGGUCGUUUGGAGACAAUGAGUUAUCCCCGGAAUGUUUGGACGGCGUCACCCAUCUACUCAACCCUGUUAAUGGAAUUUCGAUCCCAGCGUCAUACUCUGCACACCUUUCACCCAUUUCAUCCCCACGCCUCCAUGCAGACGUUACCAACCAAUCAAUCACCAAUCCCGCAGCGCCAGAAACUCCCUAUGUCGUUAUGUUACAUGCGUUCGAUUUCCUCUCCACUAUCCAACAACAACCCGCAGCACCAACGAAAAGCACCGGUGCCAGCAAACCGACAAGCGGAGCCGGAGGAGGUCAGAGUACUCCAGGUGGUGGAACCACAUCGCCAUCACCGCUCGUUGAACCACCAACGCCAAUCAUCCAAUCAGCCUGGUCGUUCUCGCAUCCCAACGCCAAUAUUCCCCCCCACUCCCCGCUUUCAUCGACAAUUUCCAACGAACACAACGUUCGACGAACCAGAUUGACAUUUCCCUGCCGGGAACGGGGCACAUGCCAUGGCCUAGCCGGCUACUUCGAGACAGUUCUAUAUGAGGGUGUUGAGCUAUCGACGAAUCCAGUGACGAUGGACGCGAAGAGCGCUGGCAUGAUUAGUUGGUUCCCGAUAUACUUUCCGCUCAAGACCCCCCUCACCGUCCCCUCCAACUCCGAAAUCGUCGUAACAAUGUACCGCCAAACCGAUAACCGAAAGGUCUGGUACGAAUGGAUCGUCGAGGUAUUUGCGCUGGAUACAUCGGCGUCACCGUCAUCGCCAUCUUCAUCAUCGGUCGCAGCAACAACCACUGCCAUGUCGAGCAGCGGUGCCUCAUCGCCAUCGCCGCAGGAUUAUUCCCUAUCAUCAUCAUCAUCGCUAUCCACGGCCGGGAAAGGCGUGGAUUCCGACAAGGGCAAAACUCCCGGAGGGGUGAAGAGGGUUCGUGUUGCGAUGAGUGAGUUGCAUUCGAGUAUUAAGGAUGGGUGUUUGAUGUGAAAUUGUGUUGGUAUAUGAAAAGGGGGAAAUAGGAUAUUUUUUCUUUGAUAUAUGGUUAACACAUCUAUUUAUAUCUAUGCGCCUUAAGUUGAUCCAGAUGGCUGGCUACCCCUGAAUUAACAUCUCACGACAUACUGUACGUCUCAUCUGUCAUCUUGAACAAAAAUUCAAAAAUCAACAAUGGGCCAGAAGCAAUCGACGAGGCAAUAAUAUGAAUCUAAAUAUCUAAUCUCUAACUACUAUCGUACUACCCUCUUUCUCCCUUCCCAGCGAGCACCAGCACCCUAUCAAGCUCAGUUAAAAAUACGACUAACUUUCUCACCCCCGUUUCUACCCAUGCUCUUAACAAACGUUCACGCACUUUAAGGCUCUAUCUGCUAUACCCCCAACCUUCACAAAUCCCAUACGACUUUGAAGAAUUAAGCUCGGCCAACGGUGCUGGAAAGCAAGAAACCAUUUAAGGUCAAGGUCACCACCACCACGGUGAGUUCCUUUCCCUUCCUUUUCCUUUUUUUCCCCCCUUCAAUCCACAUCGCUAGAGCCCGGUGGUAUCAUUGCCGUAAUCGACGCAGUCCCAGUCCCGGUCCCAUUGCCAUUAGUAUGACCAUUCCCACCACCACUCCCAUUCAAGUCCUGAUUUUCGCCCUCGGUAAGCCCCUUCCGUAUCGCAAGUACGCUAUCGACAAUAACAGCGUCAAUGCCUUCUUUGACUUGUAACUAUAUUUUCCGAAACGAUUUGUCAGCGUAUCCAAAGCCAAAGCGGACAGCUUCUACCGCGUCUCCUCCCUCGUCCCGAGAAAAAAAAGAAAAAAAAAAAAAAAAAAAGACCAUUACCUUCACAUUCUCCGGCUCGUUAUUCGCAAUUCCAUACGAGACACAAACAAGACCAGACUCCUUCACAACCCUCACAAGCCUAGGCGCAAUAAUCAACGGCUCCGCCGCGGUCACCACCCCCAACAAGUUCCACCGCGACGCAAAUCGAAUCGCCUCUUGCAGACUACUAGCACGCACGUCGCCCACGACCGUGAGGCCGGAGUCCGUCAGAAACAUGACAGGGAUCGAGGGCUGUUUGAAGGAGAGGAGGAGGCAGAUGUCCGGGUUGAAGGAGGAGAAUAUCAUGUUGCGACCUUGCCCGAGGUCGUAGACCUUUGUGAGGACCGUGUCGACGAAGGAGUUUAGUUCGACGGCAUAGGUGUCCAUUUCUUCUUCUUCGGAUUCGUGGAGCAUGGGGUAUUCUGUUUUAUUCUUGGUUAGCUUUUUCUCUUACUUAUUAUGCCUAUGCAUGUUUUUGAUAUGAGAAGAAGUAGGGGGUCCUGUAAAUUUUCGAUUAAACAUACUUAGCUCAAUAUUAAAUCCAACCUCCUUUGGCAGCUUUUUAAACAAUUCCUCCAACGUUGCAAAUGGAGCUUGGAUAUGACUGCCACGCGUGUUCCC